UCCAGAAGAGCAGCAGUGCUCACACUAGAGUCAGUGUUGUUCUGAAUGCUCAGACGAGAGCGACUGUAAUUGCUCCUGUACUCACUGGAAACACCUUCACAGCUCCAGUGACCUUCAUCAGCAACACUGCAGGACACGAGCCACAAAAAAUCUCAGAGACAGAGACGGCAGAGAAACACACCGAAAAACAAGAUUCGAUUCUAAAAAAAUUUUUGGAAACUCACAAAUCCAACAUGAAGAUAAAAGCAGAACAUAUUUUUGAGGGCAAAGAAGAAGCACAUCUCAAGGACGUUUACACAGAGCUCUUCAUCACAGAGGGAGAUAUGAAAGAUGUUCAUCAGGAACAUGAGAUUCUGAAGAUUGAUGAUGCUUUCAACAAGAACAAGCAAACACAGGACAAACCAAUCAAAUGCAAUGAUAUAUUUAUAUUAUUAAGGGAAAACAAUGAGACGAAGAUUGUGCUGACCAAGGGAGUUGCUGGCAUUGGAAAAACUGUCUCUGUGCACAAGUUCAUCCUGGACUGGGCAGCAGGAGAUGCCAAUCAGAAUAUACACUGUGUGUUCCUGCUUCCAUUCAGAGAGAUCAACUUACUGACCAACAAAGAUUUCAGUCUCCACGAGCUUCUGCUAGAAUUCUAUCCUGAACUGGAGGGCCUGGAGAAAACCAAGUUAUAUAAGGAAUGCAAACUAGUGUUUAUAUUUGAUGGA